AUGAAUGUUGUUCGAUUACAGAAUCAACCCUCGCUGAAAAGCACCAGCCAUGAGCCGGAGAAUUCAGCACAAACAUUAGCUGAAUCCCAGCCUACUGAUGCUGAUGACAAACCUGAGCCUGAUGUGCCUCCAGACGGUGGAUAUGGUUGGGUUUGUGUUGCCUGUGUCUUUUGGAUUAAUGCGCAUACAUGGGGUAUCAAUAGUAGCUACGGUGUCUUCCUGAGUUACUAUCUCUCACAUAAUGCAUUUCCCCAUACUACAGCAUUGGCAUAUGCCUUUAUUGGCGGGCUGAGCAUUUCCUGUAAUCUGCUCGUGGGUCCUCUAGCUAACUACUUCACCCAUUCAUACGGAACAAAAUUUACGCUGAAUCUGGGCGUCUUCCUUCAGACACUCUCGCUCAUCGGUGCAUCGUUCGCCACCCAGGAAUGGCAGUUGUUCUUAAGUCAAGGUGUCUGCUUCGGCUGGGGAAUGGGGUUCCUCUUCGUGGGCAGUGUUAGUAUCGUUCCACAGUGGUUCCAGAAACGUCGCAGCGUUGCCAUGGGCAUUACAGCUGCUGGUUCUGGUAUCGGUGGUCUGAUUUUUUCUCUGUCCAUCGGUGCGAUUAUCCCUCGUUUAGGCCUUGCCUGGGCUUUCCGCAUUCUAGGCAUUACUUCUUGUGUUGUGAACUUGGUCUGCGCAAAUUUAAUACGAGACCGAAACAAGCUUAUUGGUAGUCGCUUGGCAGUUUUCGAUUUCCCUCUUCUGUGUCGGCCGGAAUUCCUCCUCUUUCUCGGUUGGGGUAUCUUGAGUAUGUUGGGUUAUGUGGCUCUGGUGUUCAGUGUCUCCAGCUAUGCCGUUUCAAUUGGUCUCACCUCUCACCAGGGAAGUAUUGUCGCUGCAAUUUUGAAUCUGGGACAAGGUAUCGGGCGUCCUCUUGUCGGCAUGUGCAGUGAUAAAGCUGGGCGUAUCAAUACUGCUGCUUUAGCCACCUUCUUUUGUGGACUUUGGUGUCUGGUCAUCUGGGUGUUCGCCGAUAACGUGGGAGUCGUCUGUUUCUUCUCCGUUUUCGUCGGACUCUUUGCUGGAACCUACUGGGCUACCGUCUCGCCCGUGCUAGCCGAGAUAGUUGGGAUGAAAGAUAUGCCCUCUGGUCUCAGUGUCAACUGGGUUUUCCUAGUUGCCCCCUGCACUGUCGCUGAGGUGAUUGCUUUGAAGCUUCGCAGCACCACUGCAAGUGGCGGUACAUCUUACCUCCGGAUCCAGAUAUUCACUGGUUUUAUGUUCGUCGGUGCUUCUCUUUGUCUUUGGCUUGUCCGGAGCUGGAAGAUUGGUGAGCUGGAACGCGCUCAACAACAGCAAAGUUCUCUCGCUCUGGGUGGUCCCCUGACCGUUGACACUGAUGAGGGCAAUAAAGAGGAUAAUCCAAAUAUCUUGUCAUCUGCCUCAUCAACCACUGUUACUGACGAUGUUAAGGUCUGGGCUCCAUUUAGCCUGGCGCGCAGGAUGGUUGCCUUGAAGCGGGUUUAA